CGGAGAACAAGUAACUCACUUCUACUUUUGACUUAUUUCUCUUAAGCAAUCAGAUUAAUACCAUCCACUUCGUAUCUCUGUUUCCACUGACAAUAAACAACCUUGCAACAUCUCUUAGCUCUCCUCUAUUAAUAUCCUAGAAAUGACAGGAGAUGUUGUAGCUCCUCAUUCUGAUCAAAUUAUAACAGAGGUGAAACAUUGGAUCGAUGAUCAACAUCAAUUGGAACACGGUCAAGCAAGUGUAUCUUAUACACAGCAAUUCGAUGUCGAAGAAUCUUCGGUUGAGCACUACGGAGAUAUGAAACAGAGAUACAAAGAUCAAAUUGAUAAGUAUCGAACGUCUGUUCGGUUGCUUCAGCAAGAGAUAAAACAACAUAAGCGAACAAUAAAAAAGAAAGAUACGGAAACUAGUGUGCUUCGCGCAGAAAAUUUAGCAUACCGUAGGAAACUUGAACAUGUACAGUCUUCACUUAAGGAAGAGCGGGAAAGGUCUCGAGGGGCCCUUGAUUUGCUUCAUAGUUGUCAAGAUGAGCUUAAUGCAAUCAAGUUAAAAAAUGUUGACUUGCAAAAGGAUUUGAAUGUAGCAAACAGCAAGCUGCAGUCUACCUACAUUGAUAACAAAGAGUUACUGCAGGAAAACAAAACCUUGUACGAAGAAAACAGGAACCUGCAGCUGGAUAAUAAGCGACUGUCCGAUUCAGUUGUUCAGUUAAUGGAUGAAAAUCAGAAAGCAAACGAGCAUAGCAAGAACUAUAUAUCGCAAAUUGAAGAGCUGAAAAUGCAGAAAGCAGCAGCGAAACCAUCAAAAACAGCAAUUUACUCACGUACGCCCAGCAUGAUGCAACGGUCGGUCAGUGGAAUGUUUGGCAAUCUGGAAAAGAGUCCUAGCAGUCAGAGUGUUAAACCAAAGAGAAGCAAUAAUGAUGAAAACCACAGGGCUCCUUCUCCAUCCUCUUCUUUUUCUAGGUCAUCUACACCUUCCGCAACAGCAAAUGUUAAUACCUUGACUCCACAAAAACGACCUUUGCAAAUAGCAGAUCAAGCGCAAGAUCGUUGUUUACCUUUGAGUGAUAUAGGGAAUUAUCAGCCUCAGCAACAACGUAGAGCUACUAACGGUGUAAAAAUGUCUAGAACUACAACUACUACCACGACUACUACUACUACUACUACUACUUCAACAACUGCUAUUACUCCGAAGAUCAAGAAAGAAGAGCCACAGCAGCAGCAACGACAGCAAUUAACUCGUGCAAAAACCACUUCUAUUGUUCCAUCUUCAACUGAUACCACAUAUUCAACAAAUGCAAAUAUACCCGCUCCCCUUGAUUCACAUCAUCGACAUGGCCGAGGUCACUUAGAAGGGGAGACAUGCAUUGCGUGUCAAAAUGUAAUGCAUUUUAGAAUCAAUAAAAGAAAGUAGUAGACUAACAAUACUGAUUCAUUUUUUCCCUUUGAACCCCUUUCUUUAUAGUUCUAUGCUGAUGAAACUCUAACAACCGCUCUGAAUGGGCAGCAAAUCAAUGUAACUCGUGAUGAACGUAUUCAAGCCCACUCUCGCCAUCGAUAUCAGCGACAACAGCGUCCAUCUACCCCUCCAGGAUUCUGGAGUAUUGAGUUCUCACCAGAAACUUAUCUAAAUACCGAUCGCCGCUAGUAAUCGAAUAUCCAAUAUAUGUUUCAAUGAUUAUAAAGCAUUUUAAAGUUAUCACAUAAGUAAGCCGAGGAACAGCCUGAAUGGGGUUAUAUUUACCCUAGAUUUGCUGAAUAAGCAAUAGGCGAGCUGUCUCGUUUAAAACUCCGUACUACUUUUGUGUAAAGCUCCGACUCUGGUCUCUUGAUGGUC